AUGAUAUAUGGAACUCCGGCUUGGAAGCUUAAGCCUGGUCAGGUGUCAAAAACCAACCAAACCGCUACCCUCAAGCUUGCGUCGCCGUUCCGCCCUUCAGAUGCCAAUUAUAUUCCAGCAGAUAUUCAUAAUCCUUUACGUGGCGGAGUCAUCGGUGUUCAGGAGGCUGUCAAUACCGCCGAUCAAGUGAAGAAGGAUACAGAACCCGAACCGAUCGUUUGUGAUACAAAUCGAAGUAUAAGUCCCACCAGAGCAGCUGCGCCUCCCUCCAUGUUCUCGCAUCAUCCUCCGAAUGUCAACUAUAUCGAUCCCAAUGCCCAUAAUCGCGCCACCAUGCAGAUUCGGAGUCGCGAGGAGAUCUUGGAGUGCUUGACGUCCUUGUCGCCAGAUUACGAGUCAGAGAUAGAUGCCUACAUACCCAUAUCUUCGCCUCCAACUUCUCCAACGCCUUUGGUGAACGAAGAGGGAUCGUCGACCUCAGUCACCAUGGAGUUGGACGCAGCCGAUAAGGAGCAAGAUCAACCUCCUUCGCUGCCCGUCCCUAACGCCGUUAUCGUGACGGACACCGCUCACGCGGCGAAGGUUGGAGAGGAGGCUUGCGGUGCGGCUGCUUUCACGCACCCUCUUGUUCCGGCAGCAGAAGAUGAUCUGCAUACCGAGCAGCAAGAAACAACAAGCACCGUGCCGAAAGAACUACCAUCGCGCUCGCCAAUGGACGUUGUCGGCACUGAUGAUGUGUUGCCUUCCACGUUCGCGAGUAUAGCCAUGGCGCAAGCAGUCGACAUGGUCAAGAAUACAGAUGAUGUAGCCCAGACCUUCGAAAGUCCUGCUACGUCGACUACAACACAAUGCCAUAAGAGCAUCGACACAAGUCAUUCUCUCAGUCUUCACACGGCUGAAGACGCCGGUGGAGUGAAGGCCAGCGACCACCCCGAGUCUCCGUCUGCAGCAAUGAUUGUCCCACCCCAGCGCGAGGAGGAGACGAAUUCCACCUCGAUCGAGCGUCCAAUUACGCCUCCAAAAAUCAAUUCUCACCCAUCUCAGCCCAGCUCAAUUCAAGGAGCGGGGGAGCAGGUUGAUCGGCUUACAGAUGGCGACGCGAUGGAAGACGUGGUGUUUGAAUCCAUCCAGGAAUAGCUCAUCGCAGGAACAUGUGCCGGCUCAGAUCCCAGGUACUGUGCCCUGCCCUUCAACCUUCAACCCUCAAGACUCCCGACAGAAGCCGCGAAGAUGUCAUGCCAAGUGUCGGGAACGCCGAGGAUAAGGUGUCCAGCAAGCAACUUGCUGCACAUGACACAACGUCUGCACCGGAGACAGUCUUGGAUGCCCCGAAGCCCGAGGAAGGGUCUCUAAUCCCGGAGGUCGAGGAGAUCGUGGAAGAAAUCGUUGAAGGCACGUUGAUAAGAUCGUGGACGAGGAAGCAAUGCAAGAAGAUCUCUCCAACAGAUAUCUUAUGGAGCAGAUACUUCGACACAAGGCACGAACUUUGGGUUGGAUGGCCGGUGCAGCACAUUCCAUCGCACAGCUUGCCUUCCACGAGCAACAAAAACGCAGUGGCAACUGGAUCAACACAGCGGCUAAGGAGGCUGCUAAAGCGGUCAUACAGACUACCGCCGAG